GUCACUGGUCAUCCAAUCUCUCUCAGUUCUCCUCCUGGUCCUACUCAUCCAACUAAGUCAAGUACACAACUAUGGCCGGCCAUUUUUAUUCAAUCUUUGUCUCACUCCCUCUCUGUUACAAAACUAUCCAAUAAAAGCCAGUGGCUAUAGUGAUAGCAGUAGCAGACAGCAGACACAGAGAGAACAAUUGUAUGCUAUGGAGGAUCCAAAGAAGGUGGAAGAAGGUCUAGGCCACACAAUAGUACCUGUGAAAGAGGAAAAGAUUGUUGAAGAAGAACGCGGUAAUGAGAAAGAGGAGAGGAGCGCGUCCCUGGAUCAGCCGGUGGAACCAAAGGAUGAGCAACCACUGAUUAAGCGGAAAACCAAAAGGGUUGCAACAUUAGAUGCAUUUAGAGGCCUCACCAUAGUAUUGAUGAUACUGGUGGAUGAUGCUGGGGGAGCAUAUUCGCGUAUUGAUCACUCACCAUGGAACGGAUGCACAUUGGCUGACUUUGUGAUGCCAUUUUUUCUCUUCAUAGUUGGGGUUGCAAUUGCUCUUGCUCUUAAGAAAAUUCCCAAGGUCAAUGAUGCAAUCAGAAAGAUAAUCUUAAGGACAUUGAAGCUUCUUUUUUGGGGGAUUCUCUUGCAAGGAGGAUACUCUCAUGCACCUGAUGAUCUCUCUUAUGGAGUUGACAUGAAGCAGAUAAGAUGGAUGGGCAUCCUCCAGAGGAUAGCACUGGUUUACUUGGUUGUAGCUCUAAUUGAGACUCUGACCACCAAGCUCAGACCAACUGUGCUAAAACCAGGUCAUCUCUCCAUUUUCACUGCAUAUCAAUGGCAAUGGCUUGGGGGAUUUGUCGCAUUCCUCGUUUACAUGAUCACAACAUAUGCACUGUAUGUGCCAGAUUGGAGUUUUUCAGUUCACGAUCGUCAUAGAACGGAUAGAUACACAGUAAAAUGUGGGAUGAGAGGCCAUUUAGGACCAGCAUGUAAUGCAGUUGGUUAUGUGGAUCGACAAGUUUGGGGCAUCAACCAUCUCUAUUCGCAACCUGUUUGGUCGCGCUUAAAGGCUUGCACACUUAGUUCUCCGAGUUCUGGUCCAUUACGUGAGAAUGCUCCAAGUUGGUGCCGUGCUCCAUUUGAACCCGAAGGCUUGUUGAGUUCAAUAUCAGCUAUACUCUCUGGCACUAUUGGGAUCCAUUAUGGACACGUACUGAUUCAUUUCAAGGGUCACUCUGAAAGGCUCAAGCAAUGGGUGUCAAUGGGGCUUGGCUUACUUGUCUUAGCCAUCAUUCUUCAUUUUACAGAUGCUAUUCCUAUCAACAAACAGCUCUACAGCUUCAGCUAUGUUUGUUUCACAGCCGGUGCAGCAGGAAUUGUUUUCUCUGCGUUCUACAUACUGAUUGAUGUUAAGGGAUGGCGGACUCCAUUCUUGUUCCUAGAAUGGAUAGGAAUGAACGCGAUGUUAGUUUAUGUGAUGGCAGCACAAGGUAUCUUUGCAGCGUUCGUAAAUGGAUGGUACUAUGAGAAUGAAGAUAAAACAUUGGUUAAUUGGAUUCAAGAGCAUGUUUUUAAUGAUGUGUGGAACUCGGAGAGAUUAGGGACAUUAUUAUAUGUGAUAUUUGCUGAGAUUACUUUCUGGGGAGUGGUUUCCGGCAUCUUGCACAAACUGGGCAUAUACUGGAAACUGUGAGGAGCCAAUUCGCAGCAAGGCAAAGCAAGGAGCUGUGUAUUUUUCAUACUUUUAAGAUUCUUACAUGUAUGUAAACUCUUGUGGGGUUUCUUAUGCUUUUGAUUGCUUGUAUCUUUGUUUCAUUAUAUGUGGAUGUGCCAUAGAAUUUGUUUAUUAGAGCAUGGUGUAAAAUAGAAUAUAUAUAUAUCUGAACUUAUUCAAAGAAAGCAUUUGUAUUUUCAAUACUAGUCUAAACAGAAGGGAUGUGAAUUUUGGAUCAGCUUCAACUAUA